GUUAGAAAUUACCAAUGCGUGGGAAAUCUUUAUCAUAAAGAAGGAAGUAUAACACAAAAGACUGAAUGAGAUGGCUCAGGCUUUAGCAAUACCUGGUGAUGUUAGACACAGUUUUGAACUCAUGGUAUCAUUUGAGCACGACUUUGGAAGAAUAACUGGGAUGGCAGCUUCAGGAAAGAGAAACAAAUGUAUACUUCUUUGUGAUUAUUUGAGGAAGAAUCUGGUUUUGGUAGAUUCACGUGGAAAUUUUAUAAAUAGUCUGCCAACAGAAAGUGAACCAUACGAUGUUGCUAUCACUUGGAGUAAUAUCGGAUAUGUGACUUUGCCUAAUGCAAGAUCUGUUUUGCAAGUAGACCCAGAACUGAUGGUUGUUUUAAUGAAAAUACCAUGUCCUGAUUGCAAUAAUUCCGUAUUGUGUCUGUCUCGUUUACCACCUAGCGAAACAUUAGACGAAAGCGCGUCACAGUUCUGUGCUCAAGAUGAUGAUAAAGAAUAUUGUAUGGUUACUUCUAUUUCAAAAGGUGCAUCGUAUGCAUUCAAAAUUGGUCCUUACCAAACGAACCUUUCCACAGAAGAUACUGAAUCAUAUAUUAUGACAAAGACUAUAGCUUUUGACAGUUUGGUUGCAAAGUUUCAUAUGUUGUCCAACAAUAAUAUUAUUUAUUGUAAAAGUGGUAAGGAUUACAUAAUUAAGGGGAAUCUAGAUCAGAAUUUCAGUCCUCACCGCAGCAAAAUAGUUAUACCUAAAAUAGAAGUGCCUAGUGACGUAUGCUCUGAUGACUUUGGUAACAUUUACGUCAGUGGAAAGGGAUCCAACACUAUACACAGAUUGACAGAGGAAGGAAAGGUUCUUGACAUUCCACUGGCUAGUCAACACGGGAUAAAACAACCCAUCGCAAUCUGCUUCAACCAGGAUUACACUAAAUUUUAUGUUGCCAAUGAAUGGGGAGAAAAAGUCCUUGUAUUUAGAGUUCAUUGAUAAACUGACAUAUUUUAGAAGUUACAUUAGUGAUUGUUAAUACGUAUUUACAGAAUUUUAUCUUACGUAAUGUUGUUUUUUUUAUAUUGAUUUCUUCUCAAUGCGGAAACUAUUUGUUUUAGAAUUGUCAUGCAUUUGAAUGUUUUUGAUGAACAAGCAUUUGAAGAUUAUUUUGGGAAAUUUUUAAAUCAAAUUGCUGAGGAUACAAAAUGAAUAUGGUAUAUAGACAAUAAUAGUGCAUUGUCUUUAUACUGCAAUCUAAAAAAAAA